CCGCUCCGACUAUAAAACACUCACGCGUCUAUGGGCUCAGCAUCAGUCAGCCGACUCCUCCCGACUCUCACUAACCAACAAAACCAACAAAAUAAACAACAUGAAAACCUUCGUGUGCAUUGUCCUCCUCGCCGCCGCCGCCCUGGCCGCCCCCGCCCCAGAGGCCGGCAAGCGCGACAAGCGCGGCUUCCUCUCCGGCUGGGGAGGCUACAGCUCCGGCUGGGACGGCUACAGCUCCGGCUGGGACGGCUACAGCUCCGGCCUGUACGGCGGCAGCCUGGGCUACGGCUACGGCGCCAGUGUUGUCAGUGCCCCCAUCAUUGAGCACGCUCCCGCCAUCGUUCAUGAACCCGUCAUUGUCAAGAAGAUUGUUUCUGUUCCUAAGGUGGUGGCCGUGAAGAAGAUCGUGUCAGUGCCGCACGUGGCGCACGUGUCGUACGCGCCUGCGCUCUCCCACGGCUGGUGGUGAGCGACUACAUCGACAAAGCUGCUCUAGAGCACUCUUGCCAAAUUUUAUCAUAAACAAAUGUUAAUAUAUUGCUAUUUACUGUUAAGUUUCUCCUUUACUUCGUUUUGUAAAUAAUGUUUUUGUUCAAACAUUUUUUGUACACAAUAAACAAAGUUUAAACAAAUAA